UGAACACCUUUCAGGAAGUAAACAGAAAUGUCAGAAUCGUGAGAAUUUGUCGGAUAUUUCUUUCAACUUGCUACGAUUUUGUUUUGAUGCAAGUAAAAUGGACCGAUUCACAUGGUCAAAUGGUCUUCUAGAAAUGAAUGAAACGUUAGUAAUUCAACAACGAGGUGUCAAACUUUAUGAUGGAGACGACAAGGCCAAGUUGGACGUAGGAGUCGCUAUGCUCAGUACUCACCAGUUGUUUUGGAGAGAUCAGAAGAAUCAUGAAUGCUGCAUAUCCAUACCCCUGUCCCAGAUUGUCUACUUUGAGGAACAAGCUGCUGGUAUCGGAAAGAGUGCCAAGAUAGUGAUCCACCUUCAUCCGGCUCCAGCUAACAAGGAGCCAGGACCCUAUCAGCAGAGCAAGUUUUCCUAUAUCAAACUGUCUUUCAAAGAGCAUGGGCAAAUUGAGUUCUACAGGAGGCUAACGGAGGAGUUGAGCCAGAAGAGAUGGGAGAGUAUGCCUGUGUCACAGCCCAUCCCCACGGCAACAGGUUCACAGGCAGGAAGGACUCGGGCAGUGGGGAUCGUCGGCAUUGAGAGGAAGAUAGAGGAGAGGAGGAAAGAGACAGACAAAAACAUCUCAGAGGCCUUUGAGGACCUCAGUAAGCUGAUGGUGAAGGCUAAGGAGAUGGUGGAGCUGUCCAGGUCCAUUGCCAACAAGAUCAAAGAAAAACAGGGAGACAUCACAGAGGACGAGACGAUCCGGUUCAAGUCAUACCUGCUCAGUAUGGGCAUCGCCAACCCCGUAACCAGGGAGACACACGGCUCCGGGACCCAUUACCACCUACAGCUGGCCAAGCAGUUAGGAGAUAUGCUGGUAGCACCACUCGAGGAGCGUGGAGGGAUGAUGGCUUUAACUGAAGUCUACUGCCUGGUCAACAGAGCGAGAGGAAUGGAAUUGUUAUCUCCAGAGGAUUUGGUGAACGCCUGUAAGAUGUUUGAGUCGCUGAAGCUCCCUCUAAGGCUGCGUAUCUUUGACAGCGGGGUCAUGGUGGUUCAGCUCCAGUCCCACAGUGAAGAGGAGAUGAUCGCCUCGGCUCUGGAUAACGUGACCGACAAAGGCUCUCUGACAGCUGAGGAGUUUGCCAAGCUGCUAGGCCUUUCUGUUCUUCUGUCUAAAGAACGGUUGUUUUUAGCGGAGAAGAUGGGUCAUCUGUGUCGUGAUGACUCUGUGGAAGGACUGCGCUUCUACCCCAACCUCUUCGCAAGUCAGGCUUGAUGACAACAUGUCACGCGCAAAUGUCUAGAUGGUUGGCAAACAAAAAACGUACUUCUCUGCUGUCCAAACUAAUAUCCUACAAAGCAGGAACAUUGAGAUAGCCAAUUAACUUGUCUAAAUAUUCAGCAGUGAUAUUUUCUAUUCUUUUUAGCGCUUGACUUGGGCAUGGAUUCGUUUAACUGUCUCAGUGAACCAGAAAAUCUAGUUUUUUGGUUGUUUAUCAAAGUUAUUUCUUCUGUUAAUAUAGUAGAAAGAAAAAGGUGACCUUUCAUCCAAAACUCUAGUCUGUACAGUGUUUUUCCGGGUUUUUCCUAUGAUGACUCCUAGACUCAUGGUUAAAGCUUUGUGUAGCUAAAGUCAGUAUCUGGGUAGAUCAGGAUGUGCCUCUCUGAGUCCUACACAAUAAGGCUCUUGGUGAACAUAAAGGCAAUUGUUCCUGUUGUAUAAUAAGGUUAACGCGGUCUGCCUCAGUGCUUUCAAUUUGAUAUCAUGUGAUCUCUUCCUCUGUUAGUCUAAUCAAUAAUGAACCUGGGAUGAGGUUACAAUUAAGCAUUUCCUGUAUCUCAGAGCAUCUCCAGGUUUUCAGUAAAUUCUGGAAUUGUUUUGUGAAAGUUGCUGUAACUACAAACUUUAAUCAAACUCUGCAUGCUGUGGAAAGGCAUUCUCGCAUAAUUAUCGUUUUUCUGCAGAAUUAUGCAAAAGUCAAAUGAUUGAAGGUAUUGCAAGGGUUUGAGUUGGCUUAAGUAGUUUCCCCUUUGGGAGGAAAAUACGCUUCCCAGAUGCAGGGUAGAAUGUGAGUCCCAGUACCAAGCAAUUAUUUGCCCAGCAUUCUGAUUUCAGCCAGAGUCUUAUGGGGGAAAAUGAGCCAUUGAUGCCAUGUUUUCAUGUAUUCUGUGUCAGUUCUUCUGCAUUAUGUUUGUUGUCUCUGAUUUAAAUGACACUAGUUAUCAUCAGUAGGGAAAGGCCAUGAAACAGUGUAAAUGUUUAGUGUGUUCUUUAAAAUCAAUACAUUUUCAAUUAAACAGAUUUUCUGGCUUUGUGAA